AUGCCAAGGUUGCAAAGUAAAACAUGGUCUGGGAAUCACACUUCUAUAACUGGAAUUGUCUUUGUGGGACUCAGCAAUGACCAAAGGAUGCAGAUUGCCCUCUUUGUAGUCAUUUUCACUACCUACAUACUCACUAUGUUAGGCAACCUUCUGAUCACCAUAUUGGUGCAGUCAGAUUCCCGACUCCAUACCCCCAUGUACUUUUUCCUCACCAACCUCUCCGUGUUGGAGAUGGGAUUUGUAACCAGCAUUGUGCCCCAGACCUUGACUCAUCUGCUGGCUGGGAAUGGGAAAAUCUCAUUCAAACGUUGCAUAACUCAGAUGUAUUUCACAUGUUCACUGGGGUGCACUGAAGGGCUGCUACUGGCAGCAAUGGCUUACGACCGAUACCUGGCUAUCUGCUAUCCCUUGGUUUAUGCAGUGACCAUGAACAGGAGACGCUAUUUGAUGCUUGGUGCAGCUUCAUGGCUGGGAGCCUUUCUCAUUUCUGGGAUUAUCACUGCCUUCAUUAUGCGCCUCCCGUUCUGUGGUCCUCAUGACAUCAACCAUUUCUUCUGUGAGUUUGAGAUGGUGCUGAGGCUUGCCUGCAUGGAUACACAUUUCACAGAGACUAUUAUUUUGGGGUCAGGAGUUAUUAUUUUGCUGGCCCCAUUCACUGCCAUUCUGAUCUCUUAUGGCCUUGUCAUGAUGACGGUGGUGGACAUGAAGUCAGGUGCUGGCCGGAGCAAGGCUUUCUCCACCUGUGCCUCACACUUAAUGGUGGUUGUCAUGUUUUAUGGAUGCCUCAUUGCUCUGUAUAUGAGAGUCCGGUCACCUAGAGACCCCAGCUUUGACAAAUAUGUUUCUAUUUUUUAUGUGGUGAUCACUCCUCUCUUGAACCCAGUCAUCUACACUUUGAGGAACAAGGAUGUCCAUGCUGCAGUGGCCAAGGCUCUACAGAGAAAGGUGUUGAGCAGAAGGGCUGAUUGA